AUGCUGGCAAUACGCAGCGGCACAGCAUUGGGUGGAUGCGCAACGAAGGUUUUGUCCUCGCACAGAGGACACCAUGCUGUGAGGAGUUGUCGGGCAUGGGGUGCCAGUUUGCACAGGUUUGCGACUGCGAAUGAGCCGCCAACACCUCCGGACCAAGAUGCCCAACGCUGGGCCACCUUCUGCUGUGUGUGGAACGAGGUCGGACGGGGACAUGGCUUAUCACAACAGCUAGCAGAGCUAGUCGGGAGUUUCGUCGUCGUAGGGUCGGACAAGGUCCGGAAAGCUGCGAGCUUGUGA